GAGGAAGAGGAGCAGCGGCUCUGCCGGAGCCUCUCAGCCGUCUUCAGUCGUCUCUCUCCUGCGGGACACAUGGGGUCAGUGCGGGGCUGUGCGGGUUCACUGUGACGGAUGAGCGACGAGGACGCGGACGCACGCACACCCAGAUGAGAGCGCGCGCUAAUUAGGAAAACCUGGUCGAGCAAUUAAGCGCGAGGAGGAGGAGACGUCGACGCACGAGCUGCGGUGAAGCUCGGUCCGGUCCGCGCGCCUCAGAGAAGCGAGUGUUACGCGCAGAGCUUGGUUUUCUCCGCGGGACGAGGCUGGAGCAGUGCGCACAACCGGUUGAUCUCGCCCCCCCCCUCACCUCGGCACCAUGAGCUGGAGCUUCCUCACUCGUCUGCUGGACGAGAUCUCCAACCACUCCACCUUCGUGGGGAAGAUCUGGCUGACGGUGCUCAUCGUGUUCCGCAUCGUGCUGACGGCGGUCGGCGGUGAAACCAUCUACUACGAUGAGCAGAGUAAAUUCGUGUGCAACACGCAGCAGCCCGGCUGUGAGAACGUGUGCUACGACGCCUUCGCGCCGCUGUCACACGUUCGAUUCUGGAUCUUUCAGGUCAUCAUGAUCACCACCCCGACCAUCAUGUACCUGGGAUUCGCCAUGCACAAGAUCGCCCGCAUGGACGACAGCGAGUACCGGCCGGGCUGCGGCCCGAGGAAGAGGAGGAUGCCCAUCGUCAGCCGAGGAGCCGUCCGCGACUACGAGGAGGCGGAGGACAACGGGGAGGAGGACCCGAUGAUCGCUGAGGAGAUCGAACCUGACAAACCCGACAAACCAGAGAAAACUGCAGAGAAGAAGCACGACGGCCGGCGGAGGAUCAGCCGGGACGGCCUGAUGAAGGUCUACAUCUGCCAGCUGCUGUGGCGCUCGUCCUUCGAGGUGGGCUUCCUCUUCGGUCAGUACAUCCUGUACGGCUUCGAGGUGAUCCCCUCCUACGUGUGCACUCGCUCCCCGUGCCCGCACACCGUGGACUGCUUCGUGUCGCGCCCCACGGAGAAGACCAUCUUCCUGCUGGUGAUGUACGUGGUGUCCUUCCUCUGCCUGCUCCUCACCCUCCUGGAAAUCCUCCACCUGGGGAUCGGUGGGAUCCGCGACAGCUUCCGCCGGCGAGCUACCCUCAACCCCCGAGCCGCUCUGCCGCUCUCCUCGGGUUCCCUGCCCACGGCGCCGCCAGGAUACCACGCCACCAUGAAGAAGGAGAAACUGAAAAAAGCCUUGAGGCAUUCGCCCAUAGCCGACUCCGGGAGGGAGAGCUUUGGGGACGUGGCGAGCUCGUCCCGGGAGCUGGAGCGGCUGAGGAGGCACCUGAAGCUGGCGCACCAGCACCUGGACCUGGCCUACCAGGCCGAGGAGGGCAGCCCGUCACGGAGCAGCAGCCCGGAGGUCAACGUGCCCGCACAGACCGCCGCCGAGCAGAACCGCCUCAACUUCGCCCAGGAGAAGCAGGGAGAGGCCAGCGAGAAAGGAAUACAUGCCUGAGCGUGCUUCCUGCCUCAAACGUCUGCUCUUCCAUUCCUACUGGCCUUAAACACAUGGGGGAAGCACAUAUGGGAAUGCAGUCAGACCACUGAGGGAGACCAAAGUGUGCGUGUGUGUGUCUGUGAGUGUGUGUGUGUUUGUUUGUGUGUGCGUGGAUGAGAGAAUUGAGCCUUUCAGUAUUAGGGGUCAGUCCAAAAAAGAAAGAGGGAGAACCGCUGACCCAGCUGUGUUGUGACAAAUGCUUCAUCUCCACGACUGUAAACUUGAACGCCUGCCACAUCUCUGCUCGCCAGCCUGCCAGUCGGCUCCACCCUGCCCCCCCCCCGGGUCCCGUUCAGACCUGGAUCCACGUGAGAUUCCAAACUCCUCCUUUUGCUUUUCAUAACGUUCAGACUCUGUCGAGGCUCGUCGUCCCCGGACAGAGUCUCAGACAGCGCCGCCCUCGUGUACUGUGUGUACCGUGUGUAGAGCGUGUACCGUGUGUAGAGCGUGUACCGUGUGUAGAGCGUGUACCGUGUGUAGAGCGUGUACCGUGUGUAGAGCGUGUACCGUGUGUAGAGCGUGUACCGUGUGUAGAGCGUGUACCGUGUGUAGAGCGUGUAGAGCGGCGCUAACCAGAUCAGAUGUUGGGGAUUAGUGAAGCCAAACCAUUUCAGAAAAGAUAUUUGAAACCUUUGUGUUUAUUCCAAUCUGCCAAAAAUGUUUACCUGGGAAAUGCUUGAAUUCUUUAUGGAAGAGAAUCAUUUUUUUUUGUACAAUCAUUUCAAAUACUCAAAAAGACCAGAUCUGUAGAGGAGCAGUUCAUAAGGACGUGUUUGACGGUGGCCACUCAGAUGUUGCUGAUCCUUUAAUUCUCCAGAUAAAAACCGAUUUACAUUGUUCUCCGUUACAGUUAAACGUUAAUUUCAUUUCUCUUAGCGAAGCGGCUGGAAACAUCUGUGUCCAGGGCUACUGUCCACAGUCAAACCUACAUCCUUGUCUUUUGAAAUUUACAUUCUUCUUUGGUGAGGCACAUUUUCCAUCCUGGACGGCAGCGCGGCUCCUCCUGGUGCGUCCCGGAGAGGAUGACAGCUGCCGACACGGUGCCAUGUAAACACACACCAGCUCCCGCUCUCUCUUCUUCUUCUUCUGUAGCUUUCGUUGUUCGUGCAGAGUUUAUUGUUUGUUGGUUUUAUGAUCUGUGGCUGGAAGACUCCAAAGAACACUUUGCCAAAGCAGCUGUUUGAUGCCGUUCCUUGUUUUCAUCUCACUUCCAGUUCUGCUACUUUUCUCAAGGUUCCGACGUUUCAUGUUGAAUAUUGUACGUCAGCGGUUUAUACUUGUUCCUUUUCUAUUGCAAGUUUUGUAGUUUUUGUAACUGUAGAGAUUAUUUUGUCUUCAGAGUAAAUAAAUAUAUUUGAUUGAGAA